AUGGGUGACCCGAAACCCAAUACACAGCAACCACAACAGCGCAUGACGAGAGCGCGUGUGGCCUCGUCUGCCGUCACCAAAAAUGCUAGAGCCAUGACCGCCGCAGCCAGAGCCAGGAGCGCGACCACCAGCACCACAUCCGCGACAUCUGCAACGACCGCCCCAUCGAGAGCCACCGCGCCCACUGCCUCGACAAGCCUCAAGAGAAAGACUCGGACCGACGAUGAUGAGGACGACAACGACCAUCAUGCAAAGCAUCGUCCUGCUCCAGCCCCCGUUACGCGACCUGUACGUCUGCCAGCCGCCGCUCUCGCAACCACCCGCGCCACCCGAGCACGAGCACGGAAUCCAGCCAACGGAGCUGCAAAGACAUCGAGACCUGCCUCGUCUUCACUCGCAUCAAGACCUGCGUCAUCAGCCUCCACCAGACCGCCAGUAAUCACCGCGCGCGGUAGGCCGCCAACCAAAGCUCAAGAACCUGCCUCCAAGGCCACUCGCGCGACGCGUUCAGCCAAACCCGGCGAUGACCAGAUUUCCUCAACAGCCACCUCCAGAAACACCAGCACAACCAGGACGCGACCGACCAGCUCAACGGCGACUGCGCCCACCGCCGCAUCUAAAGCGCUCGCAAAGCCCGCCAUCAAGAAGACUGUCAAGUUUGAGGAGCCAGAAAAGGAGAACAUUGGGCCUCCGGGAGGAAGAAAGAAGAAGACAGGUCCAAUUGCACAUACCGGAGGGCUUCGCGCAAAGCCAGUCAGGACUCGAACGGGUACGGCAGUAAAGGGAUCAACAUCAACGGCCAGGAGAGGUGUUGCUAAUAAGGGCGCGACAAACAAGCCGGUGUCUCGUUCUGGCCAAUCAGCUACCCCCGGCGAUGCUAAGGAAAGCAUCAAGGUUGAAGGCAUGAAACACAAGCCCCUUCCCCUUAGCCCCAAGAAGGUUAACCAACUAGUGGCAGCCGCCAAACUCGCCGACGACUCGGAGGAUGAACUCGCUAUUCAUGAGAAUAGUCCGGCCUUGUUGCAGCCCUUACUGACCGGCAGAGCUCCCAUUAAACCGCCGGCCUCGACGACCAGCAAGAAGGCACUGGAGAAACAACCUGAACAGGAUCCGCCCAAGGAUUUCGAAGCCCCGCCGGCAUUAAUAUCCACCACGAAUCCCGAAUCUGCAGAUCACAACAAGGAUGCCUCCGCCGAACCUUCAGUCUUAAAGCCACACUUCCUUCCAGCCGAACAUCUCUCGAUGCUCGCUUCUCCCGCUCGCCGUCCUCCGCCAUCCCCAUGGAAGAACAGCAUCAAGACCCCGGCAAAGCGUGUCGAAGGUCUGUUUGCUGGUGUGCCCCUACUCGCCAACCGACCGGAUGGGCAACCCGUUGCACAACCCGCCAAGAGCGGUCCCAGUCUUCUUGCCAGUCCAGCCAAAAGGCCACCCGGAAAUGCGACUGUGCCCAAUGGUGGAGGUGUGCUUGCUGGUCCCGCUACCAUCUCGACAAACACUGGAAUGAUGAACCCGCCCUCUCUCUUCGCCAGCCCGGCCAAGAGGGUGCCUAUGUCUGCUGUCAAGCCACAGUCCGUUACGGAAGAACUUGCUGCUGAAGCCAAGCCCUCUUUGCUCGCCAGCCCACCUGUCAAGUUCGGAACUGCGAGACGCAAGUCGCAGCGUCUGGAAGAGAUGGCGCGGGAGCAAGAACACAAAGAGCAGGAAACGGAUGCCAAGGACGAGGAACAUAAUGACCAAGCGGAAGCGGGUGAAGAGAUGGCGAAUGAGCAGCAGAUCCACGAGCAGGAGCAGGAGGACGAAGAGAUGGACUCUGCGGACGAAGAGGAUGACGACGGUCCUUCUGGUGAGCUUGGCGAGCGUACGAUGCAGAUUCUCACUUCCUCGACAAAGGCAGCUAGGCUACUUUUUACUGGACGCCGACGAUCUCUCAGGCAUAUCGAGAAAGAAGCCGAAGCUGCCGUUCAGGAUGAACCAGAAACCCCACCUGAAGAUGAACAUGGCCAGGAAGGGACGCAGCAAGAAGAGGGACAAGAGGAGGUGCAAGAGGAGGUUCAAGAGGAGGUUCAAGAGGAGGUGCAAGAGGAAGAGUCCGAGGUUGAGCAGGAAAAGCUUGAGGAAGAGCACGAAGAGGAGCAUGAGGCUGAACAAGAUCAAGAUCACGAGAUGGCAGACCAGGAAGAGGAGCAGAGUGCCGAGCCCGAGGUCAUCGAGCCGGAUGACGAGGAGGACUCGAUGGAGCUCGAUGAGGUCGAGCUAGGCAACGAAAGCGUCGAACAAAUCGUCAUUCCCGAGACGCCGCAGCCUGAAAAUGAUGAUCAGAGCUACUUGGACAUCGACCAGAGCAUUAGCACCACUCCUCCCGAGUCACCACCUCAGCAUCUGCUGAACGGUCAUUCAUUCGGCAGUCUUCGCCAAGAUGUCCUCAACCCUACUGAAGAGAACGAGGACGGUACUCCCGCCCAACCCCCAAGGGGUAGCAAGUCUAAUCCUCAUCCCGCUGCCACACCCUCUGUCAACAGCGGUCACCGGACACCUUCUGGUCGAAGCACAACUAAGAGAAUGCGCUUUGACAACAGCAGCUCUGGCCUGGGUUUCACGCCGCUGGCGGAGCAGUUGAGCGGAUGGAAGGGAGGUGUUACACCGGCACCCCCCAAGGUUAAACUGCUGAAGCCCACGGCUACCCCAUCGAAGGCUGCUGCUAACGACAACGCUAAGCUUGGAUUUACCCCUCUAGCUGAGAAGCUGAGUGCUUGGCACGGCGGAGUUACUCCGGCGCCUCCAAAGACCCAAGCACCUCUGAAGACUCCUGCAUCCGCAAUGAACGAGACUAACCUGAGCCUUGGAUUUACACCCCUGGCCAAGCAGCUGAGUGGCUGGAACGGUGGUGUAACUCCCGCUAAGUCCAACACUGCGGCUCCUUUGGAAGGCAGGUUCGGUAAGAGGAGGAGUUCAAGGAGGUUGCAACAAGUGGACGAGCAGGAGGAGACACUCUUCGAUGUGGCCGCGAUGAAAGAGGCGGGGAUUUUUGGGACUUCGGUUGCUCGCCAACAGCAGCAGCAGAAGUCGAAGGAAUCUUCGCCCGAGAAGACUAUAGAUCAGCCCUCUGAGAGAGCUGAUGCUGAGACUCCCGCUGAUGUUGAGACCCUUGUUCAGCAGCAACAGGAGGACAAGAACAUGGAAGUGGCUCAGGAAAAGGAACAGGUUGUCGAAAUGGAGCAACGUGAGGAAGUUCAAGUGGACAUUGACUCUGCUGAUGUACAUGAGACACAUGUUGACGAGGAUGCUCACAAGGCUGCCGAGGCUGUCAAGGGCGAAGAGGAGCAAGAGGAAGGGGACUCCGCUGAGACAGCAAUGGCCGAUGCCGAUCAAGCCGAAGUCGACCCUGAUGCCAUGGUUGACGGUGAUGACGAAUCUCCAAUUCUCGAGGACAUCCCUAUCACCACCGAAGAUGUCGAGCUCGCAGCCGAGGCCGAGGCGCUAGCCCGCAUUUCUGAUGUGAUGGACACGACCGAUGGCGCCGAUAAGGAUGGAAGCCAGCACAGCAUCUCUGAUAGCCUCUCGGAAGCGAGCCAGGAAUAUGGCGAUGAAAAUGCCGUUCCGGCUGUGGCCGAGUUCACUACCCGCCCACUGAAUGUCAACCUCUUCACACCGGCUGACACGACAAAUCGGGUCACCAGACGAGCUUCCGCUGCUCUUGCUCACCCGACCACCCCCGUUCGCCCGCAGGCUGCCCUCAGGGAGGUGCACACAGUGUCCAAGGUUCCUCUCAAAUCUGCUGAGGGAGCCGACCCUGCGCCACCGCGUUCUCUCAGACCUAGGAAGUCGGGGAGAAGCAGUCUUUCGAGGGUCUCAUUUGCGGACACUGCUGAUGUCAUCAUAGAAGAGCGUCAGGAGGAUAUGGAAACCGUGGAAGAGGAGGCCGAGGAGCACGAGCAGGAGCAAGAGAAUGAGCCGGUUGACGUGCACAUCCAGCAGACUCCAGCCAAGACCACUCCCGCUAAGCAAACUCCGGCUCAGCAGACAACUCCCUUCAAGACACCCUUGAAGCAGACUCCACCUCAAGUGGUCGCUGGACAGAAUAACGCUCCUGUACCGUCGCCUCCCAAAGGUCACGAGAUGACUACAGAUGAGAGCGGCCGGCAGAGACGCCGCAGCCGGCGGAUCUCCAGCAUGGGUGCAGGGGCAUCACUGGCCGAGAUCCCAGAAGACGAAGCCGAGUUCGGGUCCCCGAUUGCCGAGGAACCAGAGGUAGAGGAUGAAGAAGAUGACUUUGUCCCCUCCGAGCCGGUCACGCCCGCCAAGUCCGAGGUCGAGUGGUCGGCUAUGGACACGCCUGCUCGUACUCCUCACAAGGACCUCAAUCCCAAGCUGUUGAGGGGGGCGGUUGUGUACUGCGAUGUGCAUACUGCUGAGGGCGCGGAUGCCAGUGGGCUCUUUAUUGAGCUGCUAGGCCAGAUGGGCGCGCGUUGCGUAAAGAACUGGUCGUGGAAUCCCACUACUGGUGCUUCGGGUGAUGAACCGGUUUCUGGGCCAGGACAGAAGAUUGGUAUCACGCAUGUAGUGUUCAAGGAUGGUAGCAAGAGGACGCUGGAGAAGGUCAAGGAGAGUCAAGGUGUUGUGCAGUGCGUGGGAGUCAGCUGGGUUCUUGAUUGCGAACGUGAAAACAAGUGGCUAGACGAAGCCGAUUACUUGAUCGACCUCUCUUUCAUCCCCCGCGGUGGUGCCCGCAGGAGAAAGAGCAUGGAGCCCAAGGCGCUAGCCAAUCUCAACGGUACCCUCGUGCCCUCCGGCUCCGGUUCCAGCUCCAGCGCGACCAUCACAACCAAGACGACCACUACCACAACCACGACCACCUCAUCAUUCUCCUCCUCAACUACCACCCGCCAAACCCAACAACAACACCCCACAACCCCCGGCAACACCACCAACACUGGCCGCAGCAAGCGCCGCUCCUCCUCCCUUUGGAUCCGCACCCCUCCCUCCCCCGACGCCUCUUCAUCAUCCCCCGGUGGCGACAACAACAACCGUCGCGUAAGCGACUCCAUCCUCGCCAUGUCCACAUCAACCACCACGAGACCUCAAGAAGAGGAGGAAGAAGAAGAAGAAAGGGAAUGGUCCACCUUCUCUCCCAUCCCCAAAACCCCGGCCCCCGAAACCAUCGCCCGUCUAGCAGCUAACCUAUCUCCGGCUUCUUCCACCACUACCACCACCGAUUACCCCGGCGGCGGUGGUGACAUUGACAUUGACAUUGACGGAGGUUCAUUCCUGAUCCCAGCCGACGAAGCCGGCCACGAGGCCAAGUUCCUAAGGGAAGCGAUGCCGGAGCGCGAUAUUCAAGGUUUCCACGAGAGAGGAGCCAUGACGUGUCCGCCCAAGCCUAGUUUAAGCUAUGCUGUUCCUUCCACUAUUGGUUCCUCGACAACAGCAGGUAACGGUAGAAGGAGUCUGUUUUCCGUCUCAGUCGGGUCUGGCUCUGCCCCUGGAUUUUUGAGUCAGGAUGAGAUGGAUGUUGAUAGCAACAGCAACAACAACAACAACAACAACAACGGCGAGGGACCAACUUCUGCUGCUGCUGCUGCUGCUGCUGCUCCGCUGAGCACAAUGGCAGGAACAAUGGGUCUACUCCGAGGAGGCCGUGAUAACAACAACAAUAACACCCGUGAAAGAAACCUGGGAGUCAUGAUGCGGCUGAAUGCGGCAAGACGAAAGAGCUUGCAGUUUGCGCCCAAGGUGGGGAGUCCGCUUGCGAGGAGUUGGACGGGAAAUAACAACAACAACAAUAACAAUAACAAUAACGGUGGAGGGGGAAGUGUCGGGGGUGUUGGAGGCACAGCGAAGUAAGAAGAGGGGGAAAAUAAAAGAUGAGGGAGGAGAGUUCGCUUGCUUUUUUACUUGUUUUGUUCUGUUGUCGUCCUUUUGUUUAUUUGCUGCUGUUGGAGUAAAAAGAGAGGUUUAUUAGGCUCAUCAAGGUAUACCAUCCAUGGCGUUUUCUUGUUUGGAGGAAAGGGAGGGAGGGUCAAGGUUUGGUCGUCUGUCUGUAAUGCGAAGGAAUGGUUUAUGGAGUUUCUCUCAUUGAUGGAUUGUUUACGCUGUUGAGGUGCUGUUUGGGCUGUGAAAUGACUAUGAUGUUUCUUCUCGGCUUUUGCGAAUAUUGUUAAGAAACCGAAUCACUCGCUUCCUAAUUGCCAUGGAGAGUUACGGCUUGUUGAGGA